CAGUCGAGUCCACAUGUCCGACCCCUGCCGGGCCGGACCCGACCCAUCCCUCGAGCCAAUCACACUCACGCGCUCGCCCGGCCGGCCCCACAUGACAGAGACGAGUAUCCACUCCUCCGCCUCGCUCCCUCCAUUUCCAUUCCUCCUCCUCCUCCACCCCACUCCGUUCCCACACCGCCCGCCCGCACGCAUCCACCACCUCCGAUCCCACACUGCCCGCGCCAGAUCCGCCGCCCCCCUCCGCCGCUAGGGAAGCUGUGGGGGCCUGCUAGGGAGGCGAGGGCAAUGGCGCGGCGGGUGCGGCCGUCCCACCUAGUGCUGGCGGCGGGGGCGGCCUACCUCCUCCUCAUCUCCCUCAAGUUCCGCCGCGUCCUCGACCUCGCCGCCGCCGACCUUGCCGACCCCGCCGCCUUCUCCUCGCCCUCCUCCUCCGACCACCUGCCCCCUGGCUCCAACUCCACCGCCACCGGCUCCCCGUUCCCCGUCCAGCCCUUCUGGCACCGCUACGACCGCGUCUCCCUCCCCGACCUCGCCGCCCGCAACCGCUCCGCGCUCGACCGCAUGGCCGACGACGCCUGGGCGCUCGGCCUCACCGCCUGGGAGGAGGCCGCCGCCUUCGCGGGGGACCCCUGGGAGCUCGCCGCCGCGCACGCGACCCGCACCUCCACCGACAAGUGCCCCUCGGCCGUCUCCAUGCGCGCGCGCGGGCGGGUCAUCUUCCUGCCCUGCGGCCUCGCGGCCGGAUCCUCCGUCACCAUCGUCGGCACGCCCAGGGCCGCGCACAAGGAGUACGUGCCGCAGCUCGCGCGGAUGCGCCAGGGGGACGGCACCGUGAUCGUCUCGCAGUUCAUGGUCGAGCUGCAGGGGCUGCGCGCCGUCGACGGCGAGGACCCGCCUAGGAUACUCCACCUCAACCCCAGGCUCAGGGGGGACUGGAGCCAGCACCCCAUCAUCGAGCACAAUACCUGCUACAGGAUGCAGUGGGGCGCCGCCCAGCGCUGCGAUGGCUCACCACCCGAGGACAACGAGGAUAAGGUCGAUGGGUUCCCCAAAUGUGAGAAAUGGAUACGUAAUGAUAUUAUUGACACAAAGGAGUCCAAGACAACUUCAUGGUUGAAGAGGUUCAUUGGGCGCGCAAAGAAACCUGCAAUGACAUGGCCAUUUCCAUUUGUAGAGGAGAGGCUAUUUGUUUUGACUAUACAAGCUGGAGUUGAAGGUUUCCACAUUUAUGUUGGCGGUCGACAUGUGACAUCUUUUCCUUAUCGACCAGGGUUCACUCUUGAAGAUGCAACAGGAUUAUUUGUUAAGGGCGAUGUAGAUGUACAUUCAGUUUAUGCCACUGCUCUUCCUAUGUCUCAUCCCAGUUUUUCUCUUCAACAAGUCCUUGAGAUGUCAGAAAAGUGGAGGUCUCAGCCACUACCUAAAGAUCCUGUUUCCCUUUUCCUUGGGAUACUGUCUGCAUCGAAUCAUUUCGCCGAGCGCAUGGCUGUGAGAAAAACAUGGUUGCAGUCACCAGAAAUCAGGUCUUCCGAAGCAGUAGCUCGAUUCUUUGUUGCACUGAAUUCAAGGAAAGAAGUCAAUGUAAUGCUGAAGAAAGAAGCGGAAUACUUUGGAGACAUUGUCAUUUUGCCAUUUAUAGAUCGUUAUGAGCUGGUAGUUCUUAAGACAAUCGCUAUUUGCGAGUUCGGGGUCCAGAAUUUGACUGCUGCAAACAUCAUGAAAUGCGACGAUGAUACAUUUGUGAGGGUAGAUGUGGUUCUCAGACACAUCAAGUUGAACACUGGUGGCAAACCAUUAUAUAUGGGGAACCUUAACCUCUUGCAUAGACCACUGAGAACUGGAAAAUGGGCAGUUACAGAUGACGAGUGGCCUGAAGAUAUCUACCCACCUUAUGCAAAUGGACCAGGUUAUGUAAUUUCUGGUGACAUUGCAAAAUUCAUCGUGUCUCAGCAUGCCAACCAGAGUUUAAGACUAUUUAAGAUGGAAGAUGUAAGUAUGGGUCUGUGGGUCGAAAAUUUUAAUUCGACGAACCCUGUCCAGUAUUCUCACAGCUGGAAGUUCUGCCAGUACGGUUGCCUGGAGAACUACUACACUGCCCACUACCAGUCACCUAGGCAGAUGCUGUGCUUGUGGAAUAAGUUGGUCCGCGGUCGAGCAUCUUGCUGUAACUACAGAUAGUGAAAGCGAAAGAUCACUGGCAUCCCUCCCUGAUAUCGUAGCGUAGGUAUUGUUGCACCUCCAUUGCAGCUCAAUUUGAGCUCGCAUGGUUGUCUCCUUUUUGACAUGAAUCACAGGAUCGAUAGUGUAGGUAUUGUUGCACCUCCAUUGCAGCUCAAUUUGAGCUCGCAUGGUUGUCUGGUUGGAGCUUGAAGAUUAGGAAAGCUCCAACCUGUUGGUUUAGUGCAUUUGCCUGAUUUGCAUUGGUCGUCCUGCGGCAUUAGCGUCAUGGUUCUUGUACUUGAUCCCAAUUUUGAUGUAGUAGGCCAGAUUAGAAUGAUCAGAUGUAUGUCUCUAUUCUUAUAUCCCGACGUAAUGUUGCCUGUUCUUUGCCCUGUCUCCUGACGUUGAAAUCGUCAUCAGUCCUUUC